GAGAAGAAGGGAUCGGCAUCCCGUUACGAGCUCCGUGUCUCGUAAAUAAUGUUUUUUUUGACGGUACAUUCACUUUUUUAACCGUCCCAAUUAUAAUUUUAUUCCAGAAAUAAUUUUAUCAUCAUUUUUCUUGUCAAGUAAAACAAAAAGAAACGAUUGCAAAUAAAAAAAAGAAAACAUUCCACAUAACAACAAGCAAAACAAACAAGACACAGAAAAAAAAAUAUUUAAAACUAACGUAAAACUUUUUAAUAAAUCGUAAUAAAAACCAAAACAAAACAACAAAACGAACCGAACGAAAGAACGAAUAAAUGAACGAGCUAAACCCAAAGAGAUACCAAAUUUGUUAUAGAAAUUCCAUAAAAAAAAAGAAGUUCAAAACCGAAAUACAAACGAAAUGAAACGCAAUACAAUUUCGAAUUAAGCAUACAAAGAAUUCUUUCCAAUGAACUGUGCUUGCAAUUUUGCGACUAACAGGAAGAAAACGUUCAGUGAAAUUAGAGUGUAACGCGUGUGUAUGUGCAAUCGAACGAAUCAAAGAAACGAAUUCAAGAAUAAGAACAAAAAGAUCGAAACAUUUUUUAAAGGAAAACACGUAACAAGAAACAAAAAGAAUAAGCAUAAAAAGGAUUCGAAAACAACAGUCGAUAACGUUCCACAUCUCAAUUCAUCGACGUGUACUCUUCGAACCGAAAAGUUCUAUUUUUUUCUUUUCCUUUUUUCUUUCUGUUCAAAAGUGUUUGAGAAAAUGUGUGCAAGAGAGCAAACGAAUUAAGAAUGUGUUCAAAAUGGUUGCAGUGCCAAUGAAUAACUCCAUAAUAUCAAAUUAUUCAAUUCGAAACAGUGUUUUUAGUCGUAGCGUUUUAUUGAGUUUCUAAAAAAAUAUAUACAUAUAUAUAUAUAUAUAUUUAUUUGUUCGCAAUCCGACUAUUUGACACCCAUCGGCCAAAUAACAAACUGGACGACGAUGGGGCCAUGAGCUUAAGCUACAAUAUCAUUUCGAGUCGCAAGUGCGUCUCAAUCGUGCUUGCACCAUGCUAGCACUGCUGAACCUGAGGUCAAUAUGCGACCAGGACCUGGGCUGGUCGUGAUGGCGCUUGCGUUUAUUUCGGGAGCUCGACGAAGCACAAGUCAACAGAGCAAUCCCACAAUUGGAAGUGAUUCAAAUUUACCGAAAGAACAACAAACAGGAUUCUUAGCUCAACUAAAUCCAUGGUUGUCUGCUUGCGACGUGGCAAAUCCAAUAACAGCACCGGAUCUUCAGGGUCAAUGUUCAGAAAGCGGUAGCACACUGCCUAAAAAUUGGGUGAACGAAGGUCCUGGGCCACCAACAUGCGCGCAGUCCUGCAGUGAAUUAUAUAAAACAAAUUCCGCCAGUAAACCAACAGAUAGUACUUUAAAUAUGGAUGAGAAAAAUCGGUUUUAUGAAAAACAACAGUGCCUUGAUUAUUUGGGCGAUGAUAAAUUGACUUCUAGUCCUGAACAAAUUUGUAAAAAUUCAUCACGUGAAAUAUCGAACAAAUUACGUACAUUACGUUUAAGACAUUGUUGCGAACGAAAUGUUUACAGUGCAUUGCAUGACGAUGGAAUGUCAACUGUAACCAAAGGUGGCAGAGAAUGCGAACAAAUAUUACAAAACCUUAUUGAUGCGGACGCAUUAGCUAGUAGGAUUACAUGUGGACUUAAUGAAAUUCUAUUUAGAUAUGAUUGUAGGCAAGUUUAUUCGAUAAAACAUGGAUGCAAUGAUUGUAAGGAAGCGUAUCGCAGAUGGGUUUGUAGCACACUAAUUCCAUAUUUUGCUGAACCAAUCGAUAUCAGGCAGAGUCAAAACGAGGAAAAUAAGGAAAAUACCAACAAUAAUAACAAUAACAAUAAUAAUAAUUAUAAUAAUAAUGUUAAUAAUAAUAAUGAACCCAAUUCAAAAAGUCUACGUUCAUCGCCGACCGAUGACAGAGAUGAUAAAACUCAGGUUGGUUUGGUGUCUGAUGAUCCUGUUGUAUUUAAAAUACUAAAUAGGUCAAAACGAAAAACUACUGAACAGAAUCGGCGAAAGAGAAUAAGACCAUGUCUGAAAGUUUGCCAAACUGUUGAAGAACGUUGUCCGUAUUUGCUGCCUGGUGACAGAUCGCCUGGAUACAACACACAAUAUGCGGGCGAGCCAACAUUCCUCUGCAAUGAUCCAAAUAUUCCCGAAACUGGUGAACAACUGGCGAAAUCGAAUAACGGACCUGGUAAUUGUUGUUACGAGCAUUGUGAUCCAUUUUCCGUUUAUGGGGGUAUUUGCACAUAUUGCGAUUCAAUUGAACCAGAUUCAAUCGCUGAUAGUCCAACUGAAUUACAAGUAAGCCAAACAAAGACGCUGGAUGAAAUAAUUGAGCUUAAACAACGAUAUGAUAGCUCGGGUAUUGAAAAACUUGAAACACCACCCGAAACGUGUCAGCUAGUGCCGGGAUUGUCGUUAACAACAUCAAGAUGUGAAAUUCCCUACUAUGCAUCCGAUUUUGAUGCGGACAUUUUACAAUUGACGGCGGUCACAUCAACAACGCCAGCAACAACAUUACCAACAUCGACAACAGUUGCAGAUAGCACGUGAAUAACUUUUGUAAUCCAUAAAAACCUAGAAAUUAUUUAAAAACAAAUGAAUUUCUAUCGAAUUUUUUGUUUUUGAUGUACACAACUGCACUGAUACAUUUCAAGACUUUUGUUCCAUCGCGUUUUUGGAACGCAGAUAUCCAUGUGAAGCUCCUCUCGUUUAACGCUGUGCGCCCAUCGUUUUUAUUAUCGAUGUUGUGUGUUUGCACAAACAAAAAUGCGCUCAUAAUUUUUGCCUUUUCGCAAACUUUGGUUUUUAUUUUCCUGAACAAACAUCGAAUUGUUGGGUGUUUUAGAGAUUCAUUGCAUCGAAAUGUAAAAACUAAAAAAAACUCCACUUCGGAAAUAAAUGCCACUCUGCUAAAUAGCCUCGACCAAUGGUUUUUAUUUCCGAUAUAAUAGAAGAAAAUUGAAGAGACACAAAACAUAAGUGGUCUAUUCCUUACUGAUUUCAACAACAAAAACACCGUUCAGCUUCAAAUCUACAAAAAAAAAAAGUUCAACACGCACUGAGACUCAUCGAAAUAGGUACGCAUAAAUCAAAUUACAAUAGCCAAGAAAUGGUUCAAUCCAGCGCCGCCACCGCUGCCCCCAACCCUUCGGAAAGGAUGACAGAGAAGCAUCAAAACAUCUAUCAAAACCGAAUUGUUUUCAACGAUCAUUAUCGAACAAUAUAAUUUUGGAAUAUAGUUUCAUUGUGAUUUUUGUUCAACUUUUUUUUUUCCUCGGAAACACAUGUGUAAAACGCUCAUUAAAUCGAAAAAUCGUUCGAUGACCUAGCUAUAUUUCAUUUAGUUUGUAAAACAUUACUUAUCGAAAAAGAAAAAAAACAUUGAUGAAGAGUGCAAUUAUUGAGCACCGGAUUUAAGCUACAAAAACACAGAUUAAGACCACCACUCUAGCUAUGCUCACCACCACCCCUCCCCCCAAUGAUGUUGAAAUAUAUUUACAAAUUUGGACAAUAUCAUGGAUCCUGUUGUAAACACUAUAAUGACGCGUCUAAGAGUAACAUGAAAACGAACAACUAUUUCGCUGCAUGGGCUGCAUAUUUUGAUCGAAAUUGCCCAAUUCUAGUUUUUAUGAUAGUGAACAAACAAAAAAUUAAAACAAAUAACAUAAAUAAUAUACAAACAAUAAAUCAUUCGAGACAAAGAGACAUGAAAAAAAAAAAUGAUAUUAACAUAAACAAAUUUUAAGGGAAUGAUGAAUGGCAUAAAUUAAACAUACACUCAUUUAAUUAAGUUAAUGAAUGAACACAAAAUGAGUGGAACCAGAAAUAAAAAUUAAUAUGAAGAGAAAAGAAUUAAUAAAAUUGUGCACGCAGAGGAUCAAGAUGAACAGAAUUCAUUAAACCAAAAAAAAGAACAAACUCUACAGCACAAAGAGACCAAAUUAAAAAUCAUUUCUUCAACACACACACACAAAUAAUAAAAAAUAAUAAUAUUAAUUGAAAGGGAAAAAAUGAAUAGAAUGAAUUAUAUAUGCAAUCUUCCAAUUAUGCGGAAGGUAUAGAUAAAUUGAAAAGUGUUUGAAAUUUGUCGGCAAUUAUUCACAUAUUGCGAUGAAUAUUUCUAAAAGAUGUUUAGAAGUUUUUUGUUUUGUUUGGGAAAAGUCGUAAAGAUAUAAAAAAAAUGAUAAUAAUGAAAGGGAAACAUGUAUUUGCAAUUAUGAUUUUUAAAUGAAUAGCUUGGCAUGUUUAAAAUGUUAAAUGCUAUAACAUAGAAAUGAAAUUGAUACGAAAAAAGGAGACAUAAGUAAUUUAACAUAUACGCCCAAAAAAUCAGCAGCUACUUAAUCGUAUUCGAAAAGCUUGAAUCGAAUAAGAAAUGUAUGCACAUCAACGACGUUCUUCGAUCGUUGAUUUCUGUCGUUGAAAACAGAACCCCCUACCCCGCCCUAAACAAAAACCAUACACACACACACAUAAGACAACAAAACACAUAUAUACAACAACAACAACAAAAAACCAACAAAUUUGCACCGAAAUGCAUUCGAUAGUCAGUUGAAUUGAGUUUUUCUCUUUUCUUACUCGAUUUAUGGUUUUCCGUAUUGAUUUCACAAAACAGCAAACGCCGAUGUAAACGUGGAGUAUAUCGAUUAUUAGUGAAUCUCUGUGUUAAUGAAAAAAAAAACUAUUGGGAAAUUUGAAAAUUAAGAAAAACAAAACAAACAAAACCAAAAUAUAUAUUAUAUAUAUUUUUAAAGUUAAAUCAUUUACGAAAAUAAAAACUAAUGAAAGUUGGGGCAAAACAUCGUUUUAAAUCAUUAAUUAUUCGGCGUACACUCUCUAGCUGGAUAUUUGGUUGUGUUUUUUUAAUUUACGUACAAUCUCGAUUUCUUCUGGAUUGAUUUAGAGGUAUUUGUGCCAUUCAGCUCCAAUGAAAACGCUAACUUUAAAUCUGUAGCUGGUGUUAUGACGAUACGAGUACUAAAGUCAAAUUUUAUGACACUAAAUGAACACGCGAAGAAUAUCCUUGAAUUUAAAAGAAAAACACACAACAAUAUAUUCAGCUGGACAUUGUGAGCCUAAUUAUUCCGUCAAUUUUUUUUACAUGAGAUAAAAAAAUGAAGAUAAACAAUUGCUGUUAAAUAUAAUUAAUUUAAUUAGUAAGUAGACAAAAAAAAAUGAGAGAAAGUCAGAGAAAUAAAAUAAUAACGGUCAUAAACUAUUAGAAUCAUUUUCUACAAAGAAAAAGUAAAAUGAAAAAAAAUAUUUUCAUCCAAACAUACACACAUUUCUUAAGUUCAAUAACAAAUCUGGGCAUAGAAAUUCAUUAAACGUAUUCAUGUUCAUUUGAUUUUCUAUUUC